AUGAAAAAACUGUUAGGUGUAUUUUUUUACUUUUUUUUAUUAAGCAAAUAUAUAGAUGCCAAAAAUGGAAAUUUGCGAAUUGGUGAUAGUAGAGAUAAUAAAAUGGAAAACAACAAAAAUGAAUUUAUGAGUGGAUGGGUUCCUUAUUAUGCACCUCCAAAACGUGGAACAAUGCCAACUGAAUUAUUGGUUGAACUUCCAGAAAAAACAACAUUUAGAAAAUCUGCAAAUGUGUCAAAGAAUGAGAAUGAAGAUAUGAUAAAUAUGAAUGAUUUAGAAGGAUUGGAUGUAACUAACAAUGACUCUUUUCAAUAUAAACUUCAAUUAUUGGAAGGAGCAGAUGACUCCUCUGAAGACACAGAAUUGAAAGAAGAUUCCUCUUUACCCCACAGUGAACAAACAAAAAAUUCAACUGAUGAAGAGAUUCUCUCACCUGGUGAUGAACAAAAUUUUGUUACAUUGACAGAGAAUAAUGCAGGUGAGCUAGCAAACCACAAACAUGAUGAAUUAACAUCUGAACCCGUGACUGAAGAAAUAACUGAAAAAACAGAUGCAGUAAAUAAUGAAAAUGCAGAGGUGAAAGAGGAGUUGCAAACGAUGCCAGAACAAGGACAAACCAAUGAUGGUUCUAUAGAUGCAAAUCAAGAAGAGUUAACUACAUCCAGUGAACAAAUUAUAAAUGAGGAAGAGAUGGAACCCCCUGCUGCUGCUGAGAAUGAAAGUGAUGUACCUGAGGAAAAUGUAAAUGAUGACUUGAAUCAGGUACCAAAUGGAAGAAAUGACGAGGCUGUUGAUACAACAGAAGAAACAAAUGGAAAAGAAAAUACUUGUGAUUUAGAGGAAGAAGGUGAUUCUGGUGAUGGUGACGAUGAUGAUGAUGACGAUGAUGAUGACGAUGAUGAUGGCGAUGAUGAUGGCGAUGAUGAUGGCGAUGAUGAUAAUGAUAGUAAUGGUGAUGGUAAUAAUGAUGGUGAUGGAGACGCGGAAGAGGAUAGCGAAAUGGGAGAUGAAAAAUAUGAAGAUGACUAUGACAACGUAAUGCAUAAAAUAAAUGAACACGAAGGUGACUCCACAGUGAGUGAUAAACAAAAACAUUUGAACAAAAUGGAUAUAAUGUCAAUGCUUGUAAUAAGAAAUAUAAUAAAUUCAUUAAACUAUGACUAUGUGGCUAUGGACUUCUUUGAGGGUUUGAAUUCGGGAUUAAUUAAUGCACUUUAUUUUUUUUGA